AGCACAUGGCUCAUCGUCUUCCUAACAAGAGAGUUGGGAUUUGGAAAAGAGGAAUUGAGCGAAAGAAACAAAGAAAGUAAUGGGAAGCGCACCGGCUCAGAUUCCGACCAGCUUCGGCCAUGAGCUUAGGGCUUGUCUUCGCUGCCGUCUCGUCAAGACCUAUGACCAGUUCAGAGACGCAGGGUGCGAGAACUGUCCUUUCUUCAAGAUGGAAGAGGAUCACGAGCGUAUCGUCGAGGUCACGACUCCUAAUUUCAAUGGAAUAAUCUCUGUGAUGGAUCCAAGUAGAAGCUGGGCGGCUAGGUGGUUAAGAAUCGGGAAGUUUGCUCCUGGUUGCUACACUCUUGCUGUCUCAGAGCCACUCACUGAGGAAAUGCAGCACGUAUGCCAAGAAGAGCGUGUACAAUACGUUCCCCCGAAACGCAUGUGAAGCAACAUCAAGACAAAGACCAAGUAUCUUAUGUUAGCUCCAUGUAACAAUAUCAGGUUGCUUAUAUGUGUCUUCAUGUUGAAAAUUUCUAAGAAGUCGUUGCUUCUUUGAGUACACCUUAGGUUUCAUCUAUGUAAGGUCGUUAUGUAUAACUUUUGGACUUCCCGACCAAAUGCUUCUUUAAGUGAAUCGUUUUUGUUAGGAAAAAUGUAAACAUAAGUACAAAGGCCAGCCUAAGCUUCUUGGAACUAUGAAACGUUAUGAUCUGAUUAAGCUAUUUUUUAUCAAUCUA